ACCUCUUUACGCGCGCGCAGAGCCGAGAUUCGGCGUUUCCUGACCUCCGUUCCGUUUUUUCUUUCCCGGAAAAGCGGUGCGAGCGAAACUGUCAGCGAGGGGGUACCGCCCGCAGCCGCCUGGUCUCGGGAAAGGGAAGCCGGCGCGGGGAACGAACGAGUUGUGAGUCUGCGGCAAGUGCCGGCCAAGGACUGCAAGCUUAUAGAAGGGAAGAAGCGACCCUCCCGCGGAAAUGGACAGCAGUGUGACAGAGCAUGGAAAUGUGAGGAUCAUCACUCAAACAGUCCCACAGACAGGUUCUCUGCCAACACUGGCAGCUACAGUCAGAGUGGUUGGCUCUGCUUCUGCAGCAUCUAAGUUCCUACUAACCCAUAACAAAAAGAUCAAGAAUACUCUGCUCAAUGUGAUUGGGAUCAUGCAGAUCAUUUUGGGAGUUACCCAUGUGAGCUUUGGCAUUGCCCUGACAGCAGCUCAACAAAGCUUCACCGUCACUGUGCAAAGUGGCAUUUACUUCUGGAUUGGGAUCCUGCUCUUGAUCACUGGGUCCUUGUUAAUAGAAGUUGAGAAAAAACAAUCUGAUCUACUAGUGAAAUCUGCUUUCUUUGUCAACGUGAUAUUUUGUGUAGUUGGACUGGUUGCAAUAAUCCUACAUGGUAUUGAGAUUGCACAAACUGUUAAAGAAGGAAACCCAUGUGACUCAAAUCCCAGUUAUUACUGCCGAAAUUAUUCUCAGAUUCUGUCCUUUGGCCUGAACUCUGUGUUCCUCAUCUUUGUGCUUCUUGAAGUAUCCAUAGCUAUCGUGGCCAUAAGUAGACUCAGGACUCAAAAGCAAGAGAGCUAUCAACCAAUGGCAACAUGAAGACAAGUGGUUUCUCUUCUCUGUCACACAAUGCUGAAUAUUUACUCUAGAUGCUUCCCUGGCUUGAAGCAAUAUGAGUGUGAGCUUCCAAUCUUUACCUUCCCAGUAAACCUUCCCUUGCUAA